AGCACAAGCCCAGCUUUAUCCCUCUUGUCCCGCUCACGGUGAGAGGAAAUCCUAAACCACCUCUGCUCGGACACACACACACACACACACACACACGCGCGCAACACGCGUGCUCGCACACCCCUCGCACACACACUCAACCGCCUCCUGCCCGCUCGCUCGCUCACACUGAGGCACACACACGCGUUGGCUACACACUCGUGGAGGAACAUGGCUGGAACAUCGCAGAGGAGAAUGAAUGGGUCCUGGGUUCGACUGGCUCUGGCCACGGUCUUCUGCGUGUCGAUAUUCCACAGCGGCGUGCUCUCCCAGGAUGCCACUGACGCAGCGGAUGGAGUGACCGUCAUAAGCAUACCCCCCGACCUGCUGGACAUUCUGAACGGCAACGGUGACCCCACUGUACACAUCACAGCCGCGGAUCCUGGAGAUGUCCCGACAACUCCAGACGGCGGUUCGGACCCCGACGCCAUCGCUCCCACCCGCAAAGACGACGCGCCGCAGGACACGGUGACGGUAGAUCCUCAGUUCAACAUUGAGAUCAAGACCAUGUCUGGCCAUGAUGUAGUGCUCCGUGGUGACGGUGAACCCCCUGUGACUCAACCCACGGGGGACAUCCAGUGCGUGGACAAGGAAGCGCUCAAAGACAGACACGCGGUGAAGCUCAUGCUGAAGGACGCGUCCAGCUGUGAGGAGACCAAGGCAAAGUUAAAAGAGCUGAUGGGGGAUCUCUGCGGACCGGACUGCGACAUCAAAAUCUACCAGGAGGACAGCUCGCCGGAAGUCUUCGUCUCCGGCAAAGCUGACGCGAAUGGAAUGGCCAACAAGUUCAACAGUCCAGGGAUAAAAGAAAAGCUGGGGGUGGUGGAGGCGUCCCCACAAAGGGAGGAACACCCCCCCACAGUCCUGGUAGCCUUGCUGCUGACGGGGCUGCUGCUAGCCGCCCUGCUCAUCGGGGGCUACUGCCUGAGGAACCACCGCAGUCAACAGGCCAAGGGCGCGAAACUAGUAAGUGCCCCGUUUCCGGUGGAUCAGGAGAACCAGGGAAACACUCUGGUGUCUGUGGCCCCCCUCCACCCACAGGAACCCCAGGACAAGCCCAGCGCCAACGGGGAGUCCCCCGAGGGGGUGAAGACUGAGGCCCCCCCGACCAACGGCCACUCAGCCGCCAAGUCCCCCGUGGCGGACACCGAGCUGUGAGAGCCGGCGUCCGCAGCGCGACGGACAUCUCCCCUACCGCCAUGCCCUGAGAGACCCCGUCGCUAGGGGUGACCGUCCCCACCCGUGCCUGCCCCCCCCCCCACCGCCCCCUCCCCACACUGCCCAAACUCCCUGGCCCUGUCCCCCACUGCCAUUUUGUCACAGGGUGCCUUAUGCACUGAACCAGAGGAUUACGGCCCCCCCUCACCCCAAUGAUAUGGUGAUGAUGAUGAUGAUGAUGACGAUGACAAUGGUGAUGAUGAUGAUGAUAAUGAUGAUGUUGCUGAUGAUGUUGACGAUGAUGAUGAUGAUGAUGAUGAAGGUAAUGACAACGAUAGUGGUAAUGCCUUUAAUGUGAUGGGACUGCGCAUGCUGAUGCUCUGGGGAGUGGUGUUUAUGGUGAGCGAAACAUUGAAAGUACGGAGAUAAGCGCUGCUAGGACUCCGGCCCCAUCUAUAAAUCCCAGCUGUCCUGAACUGCAGAGAGAAAAAAAGGAAAUAAAAACCACAAUCUGCCGGUCCAAGUUACCCUUCCGCCCUGUUUAUAUCAUCAGAGGAGAAAAUCAAACCAGUUUCUGCUGGAGAAGCCAGGCCGCGUUUUACACGUCCCACAUUUUAUUUAGUUUCAAAAUGUUUCCUAAGUCAUUGGCCAACAUCUGCAGGGACCAACUUUUAGCAACUUUGGUCAGUAGUUGCAUUGAAUUUUACAACCAGCUGUUGACAAACAGUCUGUUUACAAGUUUUUCUGUGGGUAAUUAAGCCAUUUGUCUAUCUGUCAUUUGUUCAUGUGACAUAAUUUGGCAUUGAUCUUGUAAAAUUUUUAAUGUUGACUUUGGGAUGAGGGGAGGUCAAAUCUGAGGAAUGGUCAGGGAGGGGGAAACCCCAUCUCUUAACCCUUUAAAGAGUAAGUUUUUUGGAAUGCUUUUUUUUCUAAUUUCAAAGUUAGUGUUCUAGAACUUCUGGUAACUUCAGUUACCAGUAGUGAUUGUUACAGCAGCAUUAGGAUGUUCAGUUAAGAACAUUCUAAUCACAUAUCUGUGAUCUUACACUUUAACGGGUUAAUGAUGCGUAAUCUACACCAGCCAAUCGUGCUUCAGGCACCCUAGUAAGAAAGUGUAGGAAAGGUGCAAUUUUCCACUUUGUUACUGUAAGCAAGCUUUACCAAAACGAACCAAUGGCCUGAGAGGGGCGAAGACUUGACUGCACAGGACAGGGUUGUCAAACCCUAUUCGUUGAGGGCCAAAGGGUCUGCUUUGUUUUCAUCAUGACUCGGUGCUUGAUUGGUCAAUUAAAGCAGUUGAUGAAACAAUUAACACACCUCACCUGCUUUCUUGGGUCUAAAUUGGUUGCUGAUCUUAAGGUGAGAACAGUCCCCGUGACCCUCCAGGAUCAGUGUGUUUGAACCCCUAGACUAGGCACGUCAGUCAACUAAAAGCAGCAACGCAAUUGGCUACUGCUGAAAUUGGGUGUCACAGAACUGGCUAACACAGCCACUGACAAGAAAUACGUAUAAUCAUGUGACACCACGAUCUCACCAGUUGCCGACCACAAUCUUGCUUUUUUAGUUCAGAGUGUUUGAUAAUUCCUGUUAUAUGUAAUCACUUGCAGUGUAUGUAUAGUCCCUUAUGAUAUCAGUAUUUUACUGUACAGUUUGCCUUUAUAAUGUGGUUUGCUCAAUUUAGCUUUACGCUCUAGUACUGUCUUGCUACUUUUUCCGGGACUGAGCUAGCCGUGCUUAUUUCACACAACAUGGCCGCAGCCUAAGCCACUCUUGUUGACUUUGGGUCAGAGAGCAAGGGCAUUAUGAACAGUCAUCAUUGUGUUCUCUUGCAGAACUCAGACCACAGAUCUGAGAUAUUGGGUCAGGGCGAGACAGGAAGUGGUCUGGUUUUUGGAGUCUUAAGGGCCUGUUGUUUUGCUAAAACCUUCCAGCACAUGAAAAAACCAAUAACAUAAUCAGUGAUUGGUCAUGGUAUCUUUUUUUGGACCAAUCAUCGGUUGCGUUUAUGUUAGUUUUGUGUGUGCUGCCAGGUUUCGACACAUGCUGAAGGUCUUAGUAACUCCGACUCUAGGUGUACAUAAGCUCUGUGGAUCCACACUGUUUCUCCAACCUCUUUUGGAAAAUUACAUGAAAGUCAGUAGCAUCACACAUCAAAAAAAAGAAGUCAGAAGGGGUACUUAUGUUACUUAAGCUAUGAUUAAUUUUAACAACUGUUCUUUCAGCUUCAUAAUACAGUGAUUGGUACAUCGCUUAAGUAACAGGCUACUGCAGCACAACAGAGUACACCGUUCAAGUCAAAUUUACGCGUUGUCUUGGGUCUUCUAUGGUAGAUAUAGAAGACAACAGAAAAAAGCAGUGUCUACUGUUUGCGCUGUGGGAAGGGCUAAUCUUCAUGUACGGGCACAAUGAGCUAUCAUCUAGUCACCACUGCUAGCAAGCUAACUGUAAAAGAGCGACUUUUGUUUUGUCACAGAUGUUUAAAAAAAAAGAAGAAAUCAAUAAAAUGUACCAUGUUCUGAGGAACAAUAGCUGUGUGAUGUGAUAUACUAAUUCUCAAAGACCCAUAUGUAAAGUUAUAAGCUUAUCCCUUGAACUGUCUUUCCAUCAACACAAAAUAAUUCAAGAAUUAAUUCUGGAAAUUAUCUGAAAACCAAAGACUAACCAAAGUUAGCUUUGUUCCUCUCGCUCAGUAUUGCGCUGGCAAUACUUGGCUUUCAGAUGGGCUGAUCGUGGUCUGACAAAAAAAAAAAAAAACGUAAUUUUGAAUUCAAGUGCAAAUAACAUUUAAUUCAAACAGGCACCUUUCUCAAAGUAAAUGUACAGUUUUUUUUUCCAGAAACCGAGGGCAUGUGCCCUCUCUGUGUGGAUGGGAAAGACUCCACCGAUGAAAGGCUCAGUCAAAAAUGGCGCUCUCUCCUUGUUAGUGGUUAUGGCUGAGAUUCAAUUAGCAUGUGUCCUUAAAUUUGAUUCAUCUUUAAAUUCACAUGUUGUAGCUUUUCACAACACGCUAGGUUUGGCAAAUUGGGCAUCGGCCAAAUUACAAUUUGCUAAUCUCCGCGUAAUCUGUGUCACUGGAAUUUAAUUUCAGGUAACGGUUAAGGACAAUGUCGAUUGAACCCAGGCCUAUAAUGGAUUCGUUUGUUUCCGCCAAAAGCAACAUAAAGGGCAGUUAUGAUAAGCUAUAGUGUCUUUCCCAGCAUGCUCAGUCUACUCCAUCGAAGGCAACGUAUCCCAUUUGAUUUCGCAGUAGGGCUUUGAUUGGACGCACAGGAGCACGAGACAACGCAGUCUCGCCUGAGAGAAGAUUUGCUUUGUAAUGGAACACAAAGUCUUACAAAGAGAUUCGGAGAUCAUUUAAUGGAAACCGUCUUACUCAGUUUGAAACAUAUCCUUACGCUGAAACCUCAUUUAGACGAAGUCCGAUGUAAACUCACGUUCUGCAGAGCUGUUCCUUUUCAUGUUAAAGGUGAUCUAUGCACAAAAUAUCAGAAAUUUGUAUCAUUGUCAGCUUGGCUUGGUUUGACUGAAUGAUGGUUUGUCGUACUUUUGACAGUUAAAGACAUAAUGUGUAACCUAUAUGAUGCUUUUGAAUUUGAUUUCUUUUUUAGUUGUAUUCUGCAGCUAUUUAAUUGUAUUACACGUUUCCCAACUCUUGAAAAUGACAUACAUGGAUAUUUCAUGGUUAGGAUCUGAAAUUAAGUGUAUGUAUUGAGAACUAUUAAAACUUCAUUAUUUUUUUAAAAUUAAUAAUUCACUAUAAAACAUUUCACUGGAAAAGGGGUCUUGUAUAAUGAACCCACAACUGCAGGAUUACAUAUCCAAUUAGAUACAUUAGUGGAAAUGUUUAAAACUUUUUUGCCUUUGGAUUUGAGUACUAUUGACUUUUUAUGUUUUCAUGUUCUAUUUUUUUCCCCCAACAUUUCAGAACAUUUUAUUCUUGCAGUCAAUCAAAAUCAUAGACUUCUUUGUUUGAAUUGUUGCUGUUGUCAUUGUUGUCGUUCUUGUUUGUCUGGGGUAAAAUAAAUGUGUUUUGGCUUGGGGAUAAAACAAAUGUUCAGGAUGGGGUGAAACAGAUGUGUUUUGUAUGAAUGCUGGUGUUGCAUGUGUAAAUAGAAUUGCUUCUUCUCAUUUAAAAAGUAAAGUGUUAGUAGGUCUAUGCCCCAUAAACUGUGAGUUAACACCA